CUCACGAAAGAACCACCGAUUAAAAAGGGCUACCCAAUUUCAUUCACAGAGCCCUCGUUAUCGGAGCACUGUCUCUCUCUCUCUCUCUCUAAAUUUUCUCCUCUCAAAUCUCUGUCGAUAGAUCGAGCUCUCUCAACUAUUCACUGAAUCUACCAACAUGGCCAACGCCGCUUCUGGGAUGGCUGUGCAUGAUGACUGCAAAUUAAGGUUUAUGGAGCUGAAAACAAAAAGAACUUAUCGCUUCAUAGUUUUCAAGAUAGAGGAAAAGCAGAAGCAAGUUAUUGUGGAAAAGGUUGGUGAACCAGCCCAAAGCUACGAGGACUUCACUGCUAGUCUUCCUGCUGCCGAAUGUCGCUAUGCUGUCUACGACUUCGACUUCAUGACAGCAGAGAAUGUCCCGAAAAGCAGGAUUUUCUUUAUUGCUUGGUCACCUGAUACAUCGAGGGUCAGAAGCAAAAUGAUUUAUGCUAGUUCCAAGGACAGGUUCAAGAGAGAGCUUGAUGGCAUUCAGGUGGAGUUGCAAGCUACCGAUCCAACUGAGAUGGGUCUUGAUGUUUUCAAAAGCCGUGCCAACUGAAUAUGAAUCGGAGAACUCCUCCAAUGCAGUCUUCUUUACUUGGGUGAAAUGUCUAUAGUUUAUGCCUAUGGAUGGUGAACUUGGCUUGACAAUGGUAUUGGUUUUAUCCAAGUGCUACCAUACAGUAUCCUCUUUAUUUGAACAACAUUUGUGGUUAUUGUUGAUUUGUUAUUGUAGAACUUAUUAUUGUCUCACUUGUAGAGGUUGUCUACAAGCUAGUAUGUAACAGUUUGUGGGGGGGUUUAGGUAUCACACCUUUAGUCUGUUUUCAAGAUUUAAAAGGAUAAUUGACCCCUGUUGCUUUUCUUUUGGAGUGGUAAAAUGGCAUGCUUUUUGGCCUUUUCUGGCUGCUGUUUGUUUUAUGAGAAAUCAGUAAACAUGUUGGGAAAACAGCUAUUUGUUCCUGUACUUCUUCCUAGUUUACUUUUAUUAUUUUUUGAACACUCAA